UUUGAAAUAGCAUGCAUGUAUAGUGUUUCUUUCAGGUAUAUCUUUGGAAUUCCUCCCCUGAUCCUCGUUCUGUUGCCAGUCGCGUCAUCUGAUUGUGAGAUCGAAGGUAAAAGCGGCGAAGAGUACCAGCAUGUCAUCAUGGUCAGCCUCAAUGACCUGGACAGGAUAAGAGAAAAUGAUAGCAAUUGCCUGAAUAAUGAACCUAACUUUUUUAAAAAGCAUUCAUGUGAUGAUGAUAAGGAAGCUACGUUUUUAAAAACUGCUGCUCGCAAGUUGAAGCAAUUUCUUAAAAUGAAUAUCCAUGAGGAAUUCAAGCUCCACUUAUCAAUAGUUUCACAGGGCACAUUAAAACUGUUGAACUGCACCAGGAAGGAUAAAGAAAAAAAACAACCUUCCCUGGGUGAAGUCCAACCCACUAAGAAUUUGGAAGAGAAAAAAUCUUCAAAGGGACAGAAAAAACAGGAUGAAAUGUGUUUCCUAAUGAUACUACUAGAAAAGAUUAAAACUUGCUGGAAUAAAAUUUUGAGCGGCACUAAAGAACAUUGAAACGUAUGGCGUGACAAUAUAAAGACGUGAACUUUAGUUGCAUCCCUCAAGAAUUGAUCUGCUCGUGCAAUUUUCCGGGGUAGAACGCCUCCCAGAAAUUACUGAAUGCACCUGGUAAAAAUGGGUCAGAGCAAUUGAGAAAUACAUGCUGUGGUACUAGAAGGACACAAACAAUGGAACCGAACGCUGCAAUCAACGGACUAUUUCCUAUGUGUGUGCACAUGCGUCAGCUGGUGUUAAUUUGGGGCUGAUUUUUGUAAGACGAUCCAUAUAAGGCAGUGAUGGCAAACCUAUGACACGCAUGUCAGAGGUGACACGCGAACUCAUUUUUUUGGUUGAUUUUUCUUUGUUAAAUGGCAUUUAAAUAUAUAAAAUAAAUAUCAAAAAUAUAAGUCUUUGUUUUACUAUGGUUACAAAUAUCAAAAAAUUUCUAUAUGUGACACGGCACCAGAGUUAAGUUAGGGUUUUUCAAAAUGCCGAGCUCAAAAGGUUCGCCAUCACUGAUGUAAGGUAUUAGCUGCAAUAAUCCUUUUUAGACCUGUUAAAAAUGUUCAGGAGACAUGUAAAAUCUGUGGUGUAUAUAAAGGUUACAAGGAUUAAAAAUUAGCUUUGCUUUAUUUCUUUAUGGCCUACUAUGCAUCAGUAUAAUGCAAUGAGUGUGGAUAUUGUCAUCUUCUGGCAGAGUUGACAGUGAGGUAUGGACAAUGCCCAAGCGAACAAGUCAUGUAUCUUAAAGCAGAAACGUAAAGGAGUCCAAGAUGCUUUAAGAGGAGUGUGACUGUGUAGCACGUGGCCUCCAGUAGAUGGCAUAGAAAAUGUCCUAAAAUGAAAACAAAGAAUAAUUUCACAAAAUAGGAAGUCACCUGUUUUAAGGCUGCUAAGCCAUAGUACCGAGUUUCUUCUGUCAUUUACUUGUAAUAAAACUUGUCUGAAUGAGUUUGCAAUUUGGGAAGUAUAUUUUUAAGAGAAUAAUAUAUGUUGCCUUUUAAUUAAUGGAGUGUGUAUAUUUAAUUUUGACACUAUAUCUGUAUAUAAAAAUAUUUUCAUACAGUAUUACGAACAAAUUACUUGCUUUGGAUAACAUUUCUCCUUUGAUAAUAAAUGACCUAUGUAUUAACACUGUCAGAUUCACUUAAUCUCAACAGAACUUUUUUCCCAGUUUUAUUGGGAAAUAUUUGACAUGCAUCACUGUAUAUGUUUAAGGUAUCCGAUAUGAUGGUUUGUUUUACAUAUAUUGUGAAAUGAUUAACACGAUAAGUUCAGCUAACAUCCAUAUUCUCAUAUAAUAAAAAGAAAAGAAAGAAAAAAA